UCAAAAAACCAAAAAUUUACACCCAACCCCCAAAAAAGAAAUCAAAACUUUUACUUUCUCUUCCUUUUCUUUGGAUUCUCCACUUCUUCAAGCUCCAAGGCCAUUUAGGGUUUAUCUCAGUCUCUUAAUUCAACCCAAAUUAUUUAUCACCAAAGCAAGCUUUUUUCCCCCCUGGGUAACUGUGAUUGUGUUUCCAGAAGUUUUGAAACGGAUCAUACAAGAUGAAUAACUCGGUUCUGCUUUGAUUUUUCUCAGAGGUUUUAGUUACUGUAUAAGCUCUGUUGCAAUGGGAUCGUUUGCAGGCGCUUGUGAAAUUGUGGAAGAGAAGGAUGAUGAAGUAAGAUUGCCAAAACAUUCAGGGAGAUAUGGUAAAUCGGUUAUGGGGUCGUCAAGCAAAGAUUCGGAGCGGAAGCAGCGAGAGUAUCAUGGUUCUCUUGAGUAUGACAUUGAUAAGCUUUUUCAGUCUAUUUCUGUGAAACCAUCAACGAGGUUGAUGAGUUCUUCUUUCCAUAAUCACGAGACGAGUGCAAGUGCUGGUCCAAGCAGGACGACAAGCCCUUCCAAGAGAAUUGCAUCCAUGAAAAAACCGGGGACACCUCAGUCGCCUAGAGUUUUUGGUCUCUCUGAUUCGGUUUCCCUGAAGCAGGCUUUGAGGGAUCGCUGCAUUUCCAAGGCGUCGGAAAUGGCUGCUCAGAAACGGUUGUCGAAAUCCGCAGCUGCUUCCCCAAGGGUCUCAGAAGCAGACAGGAUUAAGAGUUUGUAUAACCAAGUUUCUAAUGAAUCUACUAGCAGCAGGUCUUUGCUUGUUCCUGUGGACAAGGGUAAAGGAAGUUUGGUUCAGAUACCUUCGAUGCCUGUAAACGAUAAACCAAGCUCUUCAAAGAGCGUGCCUCAGCGGUUUGAAGAGCCUUCUAACCCUAUUUCUGAGCCAUCUCAAGCUGUAUCCAGUUUGGGAUUACAAGGAGUGGAAAAUCAAAUGCGGGAGAUUAAGCUGUUGCAUAAAUCCAACAAAUCUGGGUCUUGUCUGAGUUCUGGGAGUGGAGAUUAUGAGAUAGAGUUAGAAGAAAAUGUUGCGUCUCCUUCCACUCAUGUGUUUGUUCAAGAUGAUGUGAUUGAAAUAGACAAGCAUGUUACCUCACUGCCUUCUCAUUCUAGCGAGAAAGUUUAUGCCACAGAGCUUGACAAGAAUAUUCCUUCAUCUGCUUUAGACUCAGAACAGAAAGGGAAGUUGGAUGAUGCACCUAGUUCAGAGACAGAGAAGAGCAAACCGGUGCGCAAGGUAACAAGAAUGAUUCCACGUCCCAAACAACCGAAAAAGAAGAUUUUGCUUAAGAAGAAGUUGAAGAUCGGGCUGGUUUCAGCGACUUACCCAACAAAAAACGAUGAAGAAAUUAUUCCUUCCGUAGAUUCUAGUGCCGAUAAACUUCUCUGCCAGAGAUGUCACUGUUCGUUGAAGAGCACCAGCAUUGAUAACCAUCCGCCCUCAUAUACUGCUAGUCAUAAUCCUGAGAUUUGCUCAGACAGUUUGAGCUCUGUUUCAAAUAAUGUUGGUAAAGAAGCUCAUCAAGUAUCUGACGAGAACUCCUCUAAUUCUUGUGAUGUCAGUCAAAGUUCUGAAGCUGAGAUUGUCAUCAUGAAACAAGAUUUUUCGUCAAGCAAUAACAGUGGAAACGUUGCAAUGCAUGUAAAGGAAACAGAGAAUCCAACUUCUAGUGAGAAAUUCGAGUUUUCUUUGAGUUCAAAAGAUAGUCUUGGGGAUUAUAGCAGGAGCACAAGCAUGAGUGAGGAGAGCAAUCUGAGCAGAUUUAGCUGUGGGAAUAAGCCUCACAUGUCGAUGGAUGUGAGAUGGGAAGCGAUUAAGCAUGUGAAGGUUCAAUACGGCUCUAUGGGUUUACGACAUUUCAACCUUUUGAAGAAACUCGGUUGUGGAGAUAUAGGAACAGUCUAUCUCGCCGAGCUGAUUGGUACAAACUGUUUGUUUGCCAUAAAGGUCAUGGACAACGAGUUCUUGGCAAGAAGGAAAAAGUCUCCACGGGCACAAGCAGAAAGAGAAAUACUUAAAAUGUUGGACCAUCCUUUUCUUCCUACAUUAUACGCGCAAUUUACUUCGGAUAAUUUGUCUUGUCUAGUCAUGGAAUAUUGUCCGGGAGGAGAUCUUCAUGUCCUCAGACAGAAGCAGCUAGGCCGGUGUUUCCCUGAACCUGCAGCGAGAUUCUAUGUUGCGGAAAUUCUCCUUGCAUUGGAGUAUUUACACAUGCUUGGUAUCAUAUACCGGGAUCUAAAACCGGAAAACAUACUUGUCCGCGAAGAUGGACACAUUAUGCUUACAGAUUUCGACCUCUCACUCCGUUGUGCUGUGAACCCGACUCUUCUCAGGUCAAAUUCUCCGCCUGGGAAAGAUCCCGCAAGAAUUUCAGGUCCAUACAACACAUCCAACUGUAUACAACCAUUCUGUAUCAGCGAACCUUCUUGCCAGGUUUCUUGUUUCAGCCCUAGGCUCUCCUCAAACCAACAACAAGGUAGAAAGCCGAAGAAGGCUGAUCAUCUUUCGAAAGCGCAACAACACUUGAAGAGAUCAUUACCUCAGCUCGUGGCUGAACCAACCGAGGCAAGAUCCAAUUCCUUUGUGGGAACACACGAGUACUUAGCCCCAGAGAUCAUUAAAGGAGAAGGACACGGCGCUGCGGUUGACUGGUGGACUUUUGGGGUUCUCCUUUACGAGCUUCUGUAUGGGAAAACACCUUUCAAAGGUUAUAACAACGACGAGACGUUGGCCAAUGUUGUGUUGCAGAACCUCAAGUUUCCAGAUAGUCCGCUUGUGAGCUUUCAGGCAAAGGAUCUGAUCAGAGGGCUUCUGGUUAAGGAACCAGAGAACCGGCUCGGGUCAGAGAAAGGAUCUGCAGAGAUCAAAAGACAUCCUUUCUUUGAAGGAUUGAACUGGGCUCUGAUCCGGUGCGCAAUCCCGCCUGAGCUUCCAGAUUUCUACGAGUAUGGUGGUGGACAAGAGGCGGCGGCAGAUUCGCCUGGAGGCAGUGAUAAUAGGUAUCUUGAAUGUAAAGCCAUAGGCGAUCAUCUUGAGUUCGAGUUGUUUUAAGCAAGACGGAGAAAAUUUUCUGGUAAAAGUUUCAGAGUAAACGUUGUUGUAAGUUUAUAUCUAAGUUAAGUCUAAAUGUCUAAUAUGUAAAUCUAGCUCUCUGAGACAUAAUCUCAUAUAUUCCACCAGCUUUAGUCUCAAGAAAUAUAUAUAUAUACUCAUUCUAGUU